AUGGACUCGAUCUUUCGCGACUUCGCGGCGGCGCACAACCCGGCCACCCUCCCCAUAGGCAAAGCACCCGGCUACGUCCUCGCCAGCACCAUCUGUCCAGAGCCACCAGCAGAUGAACCAGCACGCUUCUACAACUUCUUGCGCUCGACGAACGCGCACAGCAUUACAACCGACCUCAAGUAUAAGCUGCAAUACAACCCGGACGUCCAGCUCUCCAAACAAGAAGCGGCGGCAUGGAUGGAAGUCUUCACCACCUUCUACCGCUUCGUCGGCUUCCUGGUUGCUGCCGAAGAAGCGCAAAACGCUGGCCAAGCCAGGGAGGCCGACUGGAGUGGUGUGUACGACAGCUGGAAGGAUGUUGUGAAUGCUCUGUACAAGGGCUAUCAGAGUACGGUCCUCGCCGCUUGGACGAUACCGUGCUUAUACGUGGCGGGUAAGUACCUGCGCGUCUUCGCGAUCAAAGCGGACGAAAAGACCGCCUCGCAGCGUGACAGUGGCAUGGCCUUUGGCGGCAUUCAGGAAGAGGAUGCUUUCAACCCGGACAGCAAGAAUGAGAAGCUCGAAGAUGCGGCCAGGCAGAUCAACAGGAUCUUUGGGCUGUGCAUCAGUGACCGUAACCCUCUCGACGAGUCACGCAAAUGGGCCCUCUACUACACCGCCAACCUCCUCUUCAAAACCUACUUCAAACUGAACAGCAUCUCCCUCUCCAAAAACAUCAUUCGCUCCAUUCGUGCAUCCGCCCACGACAUGCCAGCUCUCGCGGCCUUCCCCAAAGCCCACCGCGUCACCUUCUACUACUACACCGGCGUCUUGCACUUCCUCGAGGAAGACUACGCCACUGCUGAGGAGAAUCUGACCACUGCUUAUGACCUCUGCCUGUCUCCGAAUGUUGGCGGCGGAGCCACUCGCAAGAACCUCGAGCUGAUAUUAACCUACCUCAUCCCAACCAAACUCCUCACCUCCCACCGCCUUCCUUCCCCAGCUCUACUAGCACAAUACCCCCGCCUCGCCUCCCUCUUCCAACCCCUCACCCACUCCAUCCGCACCGCCAACCUCGCCGCCUUUAACGCCGCCCUCGAAGCCGGUGAGCCCGAGUUCGUCAAACGCCGCAUCUACCUCACCCUCGAGCGCGGCCGGGACAUUAUCUUGCGCAAUAUCUUCCGCAAAGUCUACAUCGCCGGCGGCUUCGAAGAAGCGAAAGACGGCGGCGGGCAGACGGUGCGAAGGACGCGGGUACCGGUGAAGGAGUUUGCAGCGGCGUUGAUGUUGGCCGGGGCGGAGGUGGGGGAUGGGAGUGGAGAGGUCGGGGUGUGGGACGGGGAUGAGGUGGAGUGUUUGAUUGCGAAUGCUAUCUACAAGAAUCUGAUGAAAGGCUACAUCGCCCGCGAGCGCGGCAUCAUCGUCCUUAGUAAGGCCGGCGCUUUCCCGGGCACGGGCGUUUGA